UGGAGUUCAGAUUUUAGCAAAAACAGAAGAAGAGGUCAAGAGAUAGUGGUGAAGAAUAGAGGAUAGAAAAUAGGGAGAAAACGUAUGACUGGAAGGCAGUGGGUGAUGGCAACCCCUAGUCAACUACAGAUAAGACGUGACCUUUGCUCCUCUACUGCACCAAGCCCUUUUGUUUGCUUGCUGCAGUCACUGGUCAAAGUCUGAGCGACAGUGCUGGGAGUCUAUAUCAUGUAUGCACGUGUCUGAGUGACUCCUUACUCUGUCCUCCGACUGACGAGGCUGCUUACUUGUCUCUCCUGCCAGUGUCACUCCGACACCAGCAAAUCCAGCACCUCACCCUUCGUCUGGGCCAUGCCGUCCGGAACCUGUGUCUCCAUUCUGUUCUGCCUCUCCCUUGGGCCGGUGGCGAUCCUCAGCCAGGAGGCUGAUGCCCGCCAGGCGCCCACCCAGAUGCCCGUCACCCCUCAGCAGGAGCCCCACGAAUCCGGCUGGGGGCUGAAUGCCAUCCGCCAGAGCUUCCAGGCUGUCAACGGCUACUUCGAUUCGAUGGUGGAGCUGAUGGGAGGUCGCAAUGGCGUGUGUCAGUACCGCUGUCGAUACGGUAAAGCUCCUCUGCCACGGCCGGAUUACAAGACCCCCGAACCCAAUGGGUGUAGCUCAUCCCUGCUUGGUUUCCAGGUACCAGAAAGUCUCGAUGUAGGAAUCCCAGCCAUGACAAAGUGCUGCAACCAGCUGGACCUAUGCUACGACAUCUGCGGCUCCAAUAAGUACCGUUGCGACUCCAAGUUCCGGUGGUGCCUUCAUGGAAUCUGCUCCGACCUCAAAAGAAGCCUGGGCUUCGUGUCCAAGGUCGAAGCCUGCGAGACAGUGGCUGACACCCUGUAUAACACGGUGUGGACACUUGGCUGCAGACCCUACAUGAACAGCCAGAGGGCAGCGUGCUACUGUGAAGGGGAGGAGAAGGAUGAGCUGUAGAUCGAUUCCCAACGGGUCCUCAGUGCUCAGAGAAGCUCAGAAGAACCAAACCAUGGACGACGCAGGUGCCAAAUGACAUGCUGUAGGACAACACAGUUCACAGUCCAGACCAACAUGGCCUGCAGGCAGUGAAUGAGACUGCAGAGAAUGAGAAUCACAUCAAACCUCUUUUUUUUUCUUUCUUUGAACAACAUCGAUCUGACAGCUGAAGAAAUGGCUUUGGUUCAUUUGGGGACCAAUCAAUAUGGCUGCUUCCAUCACCGAGGGAACAGAUGGUUACAGUAUAGACUAAACUGCUGGUCACUGACAAAGUGGUGUCGCUAGGCUUCUUCCAGAAGCAGCAUUUAAAACCAGCCUAAUUCAGAGAGAUUUAAGGACGGGCCAUAUUUUGGGCGCAUUCAAUGUGCUGAAACAGAAAAACGUAUAGUGUCAAAUUAAAGAGUGUGUGUGUUUAUGUGUGUGUGUGUGUGUGGGGGGGGGGGUCUUAAAUUAGUUUAUUUAAGUUGAAAGCAUUUACAGGCUGAAUAAUGCAAAUGAUAUUUUUUUUGCUAUUGUAAGUUUUAAAUGUCGCAUAUAAAGUCCUAAAGUCCUUAAGUGGAUUAGUUUAUAUUAAGAACAUCUAUAGCAGUUUAUUCUGUAUAAUACACAGAGAUCUU